ACAAGCGAACUUCACACGUCAGCCUCUGCUUUGCCAGGGCAGCGAUGACCGAGAGUCCGGCCCGCCCCGCGGUGCUGGCCCGUCGGGUCCCGUGCGCGGCGAGCUGCGCGGUGCGCACCGCCCCAGAGGCGGUUUGCGCCCCCGCGCUGUGCCAGCGGUCCCCUGGGACCGUCCUGGGCUCAGCCCCCGGCCCCGCGCAGGGCGGACGCGGACACCAGGCGGAGCCCGGGACCGACGUACCCCGCCCGCUCCCGGAGCUGCAGGCAGGCCGGGCGGGCCCGGCGAUUGGAGACGCGGAGGGAGCCCGAAGCUCUCGCAGGGCAUUGGCUGUCCCCAUGGCAACGGGCGGCUUGUGGGGGAGCGGAGGCACCGCCCCCUAUUGUAUUGCUGGUUCCAAGCGGGCUGGCGGGAUCGGGGCCGCGGGGGACCUGACGAGCUCCCUCCUGCGCGUCCCAGCGAAGCAGCCGGCCCGGGCUGGGGAUGAGCGCCGGGGUCCCGGGAGCUCGCGCGGCGCCGACUCGCUGCCCGCCUGAUGCGGGUGCCCGGGAGAGGCCCCUGCCGGUCCCGAAGCGUGUCCGGGCGCAGGCCGGGGGGACUGGCGACCGGACCAUGGCGCUGAGGCUGCGCUAGCGCUCGGGGUGCGCGGUGCCAGCGGAGGAGCCUUGUGUGCCCAUGGCGAGCGCGCGUGCAGGUGUUUCUUCGAGCUCCCCAUAGCCCGCAGGAGACCAAAGGGCAGCUGGGAGCUGAGACAAGCUGGAUCUUGCCUGGACUGCAGCGCCCGGUCUGUGCUAGCCAAGGGCUCUUGGUUUGAGGAGCGGCACUUUCCCAUCAGGCCACCAGAGCACAGAACCUAGGAACGGUGCCAAGGAGUCUCCUGCACUCCUGGCCUUAACGGGCCCCACCUGGGGGACACCAGACCCUUCUGUCCCAUUGCACAGCCAUUUGGUCCUUGCCCCCCACCCCCAGCCUGGUCUCUAAUUGGGCAGUGCAGCGAGCCGGAGGACUUGGGACAGGUGGUGUGACGCGGCUGUCGGGGGAGCUGUGCUAUGAAUUGGUGUUUAUGGAUUGCCUACUUCAGCCUCUUCGCCAACAACUUUGCUGAAGGUAACGGCCAGGUGGAGUCUCAGGCUGUGGUUGGGCGUGUUGGAGAGAGCGUGAUCCUGGGCUGUGACCUCCUGAAUGCAGAGGAGGCGCGCCCUCAUCUCUACGUGAUCGAGUGGGUCCGCUUUGGCUUCCUUCUCCCCAUCUUCAUCAAGUUUGGGCUCUACUCCCCACGCGUCGAUCCGGAGUACGUAGGUCGUGUGCGGAUCCAGGAAGGCGCCUCGUUGCAGAUCGACCUCCUGCGUGCCGAGGACCAAGGCUGGUAUGAGUGUCGCGUCCUCUUCCUAGAUAGGCACAGCAAUGACGACGAGUUCCAGAAUGGCACCUGGACCCACCUCACUGUCAACUCUGCCCCCACCUUCGUAGGGACCCCGCCAGCUCUUGUCGAGGUGCCAGACGGAGAACCCCUGAGUCUCACCUGCUCAGCUGUCGGCAGCCCCCAGCCGGUCAUUGUCUGGAAGAGAAACGACCUGGCCAUUGAGAGUGGAGACAAGGUGCAGGUGAGCAAUGGGACGCUGAGGAUCACCAGCGUGGAGCGGGCCAGCACUGGCAUCUACACGUGCCAUGCCUCCAGUAAGGAAGGCUCUGUCACCCACACCACCCGGCUGCUGGUUCAAGGGCCACCGGUCAUCGUGGUGCCACCACAGAACAUCACGGUCAACAUCACCCAGGAUGCCUUCCUGGCAUGCCAAGCCGAGGCCUACCCUGGCAACCUCACCUACAGUUGGUUCCAGGGCAGCAGCAACGUCUAUCACCUCAGCCACCUCCAGUCUCGUGUUCGUGUCCUGGUGGACGGGAGCCUUUUGCUCCAGAAAACAAUCCCAGACGACGCUGGCAAAUACACCUGUGUUCCCAGCAAUGGGCUGCGGAAACCACCCUCUGCCUCGGCUUUCCUCACAGUGCUGUAUCCAGCCCAGGUGACCACCAUGCCACCGGAGACCCUCUUGCCCAUGGGGAUGCAGGGCAUGAUCCAGUGCCCCACCAAGGCCAACCCACCUCUUCUCUCCAUCAGCUGGACCAAGGACGGGCAUCCCCUAGAGCUUGAUAAGUUCCCUGGCUGGUCCAUGGCACCCGAUGGCUCCAUUGUCAUCACCACGGGGAACGACGACGCCUUGGGGCUUUACACCUGCACCCCCUACAACAGCUACGGCACGGCGGGUGCCUCAGCACCCACCCACGUCUUGCUCAAGGACCCUCCCGUGUUCACCCUGCGCCCCAAGGAGGAGUACUUCCAGGAGGUGGGCCGCGAGCUGGUGAUCCCAUGCGCCGCCCAAGGAGACCCCCCGCCCACAGUCACAUGGGCAAAGCUGGGAACAACAGGGAGGAGCGAUGCCCAGGUGGAUGGGAACAGCAGCCUCGUCUUCCGGCCACUGGUUAAGGAGCAGCAUGGAGCCUGGGAGUGCACGGUCAGCAACCAGGUGGCCCGGAUCAGCACCACCACCUCCGUCUACGUGCUGGGCACCAGCCCUCACGCUGUCACCAACGUCUCGGUGCUGCCACUGCUCCUGGCAGCCAACGUCUCCUGGCAGCCGGGGUUCGACGGGGGAUACUUCCAGAGGUUCAGCGUCUGGUACACGCCACUGGUGAAGCACCUGAACCGGCCCCAUCAUGACUGGGUGUCGCUGACGGUGCCUGUGGGGGCUGGGUACCUCCUGGUGGAGAACCUGCAGCCGGCCACUGGCUACCAGUUCAGCGUCCUGUCCCAGAACAAGCUGGGCAGCGGCCCCUUCAGUGAGAUCGUCACCUCCUUCCCCCUGGGUUUCCCGACGACCGAGGUGCCUCCCGAGCUGCCCACCACAGCCACACACGUCUUUCUGUCCCCCCCACAGUCCCUGACGGCCAAUGAGACAUCGCGCGGGGUCCUGCUGCAGUGGGAGCCCCCGUUGCAGUUCUCCGUGGCCCUGACAGGCUACAUGCUGGAGUUACGGCAGGACCAGGGCGGCUGGGAGGGGCUGGAUGGCUCCAUCCCCAGCACGAAGACCCAGGUCCUGGUGCCAGGACUCAUCAAGGACGCCUGCUACGAGUUCCGCCUGGUGGCCUUUGCCGGGAUCUACAUGAGCGACCCCAGCAACACCGUGAACGUCUCCACGGCAGGGAGAAGCACGGUAUCCCCUCGCCCUGCUGGCUGUCUGAGGCCUCUCCCCAUCACCUUGCCCAGGUAUGGAGGUGUAUCCAUCCCGCACUCAGUUGCCGGAGCUCCUGCCGCAGCCUGUUCUGGCUGGUGUCAUCGGGGGCAUCUGCUUCCUCAGCGUGGCUGUGAUCUUCAGCACCAUGGUAGCCUGCAUCAUGAACCGCCGGCGUGCCGCCCGCCUCCAGAAACGCAGGCAAGAAAUUCUCACAGCUCUGGUAGCCCGGACAGCGCCAUAAAGCUGAAGCUGCAGGCCUCCCCGUAUCAGAGCUUGCGCCGGACCCUGCUGUGGGGGGAGAAGGCUGGCACCAGUCUGGGCCUCACCAUCGCUGGUGGCCCUAGGAGCAGCUCCAAGUACAUGGUGUACGAAAGCCACAUUGGGGAUACGAUGCCCCUGGAGCGCAUCUGCCGAGGCCCCGAUGGGCGCUUUGUGGUGGAGACGGACAGGCUGCCCCGGGAGGCCUCCCUCUGCACCCUUGAGAAGGAGCUGUUCCCCGAGCUCCUGCAGCAGGAUCCCUCCCCCACCCCGCCUGAGCCCAGCCCGCCAGCACCCUACCUGCAGGUGUACGCUCCCCCAGAGGCAGAGGAGCCUGUCUGGAAGAGGGGAGUGCCGCUGCGGCCCAAGGCCACAGGCCAGGCCCGCAGAGAAGCCAGAUCCUCUGGCUACCGCCAGGGACGCUACUUCAGCUACUGCAGCAGCCCCACGGAUGAAGCCAAGCCCUUGUGCAGCAUCAACCUCAGCCCUGUGGCCUCCUCAAUGCCGCUGCCCCUCAGCACGGUGGAGGAGCCGCGGGACGGCAUGUGUUGCGAGGGGCACUGCCAGAGCACUGUCAGCACGCUGCGCAACUCCCCAGGCCCUGGGGGCUCCCCCGUGCUCAGCAGGCUGUUGAGCGCCCCAGCUCUGGCCAGCCCCAAGCCACUGGGCUCUGGGUCUCCGAGCAGCCGGCAGAGAGCCAGCUCCUCGGCCCAGAGUGGGAUCCUCCAGUACCUGAGCCUGCCUUUCUUCAAGGAGAUGAGCGUGGAUGGGGACUGGCCACCCCAAGAGGAGCCCUGCGAGCUCCAGCCCCUGGGCAGCACAGAGCCCACCCUGCUGCGGGAGGAGGGUCCCAUGCAGAGCACGGAGGGAGCGGCCUGCCUGGACUACAUGGACACGCGUGGCACUGCAGAGUCUCCUCUGGAGCAAGCGCCCAGCAAGGCUCUCCUCAAACCACCAGAGCCACAGAUGGGCCCUGCCAAGGCUGCCCUGCCUGGGAGCACGGUGUGGCCAGGCUACCUUGGCCCCAGCUCCGACCCGCUCCUGGCCAAGGAGCAGGCCCCCUGGGGCCGGGGGCCAUCGCCCACGGACAGCAGUAGGACCGAGCUGAUGUACACAGCCAUCUCCUCAGAGUCCAACUGGGCCUUGAGCCUGCCAGGGCAGCCGCUGCCUGCAGAGCUGCUGGAAGCUCAGGUGCCUGAGAAGCACCAGGCCCCGGGGACCCUCUGCCUGCAGGGGCCACCUGCUGAGAAGCUGCUGCGGGGCAGCCUGACCAGCCAGAGUAGCGGCCGGGGCAGCGUGUCCUUCAUGAGACCCCCCUCGUUGGCACUGUCAUUAGGGGGCACCUACCUCAGCUCCCCCCUAGGGGAAACAGCGGGCUGGCAAAGCGAAAGCGAGUCCCGGGGCUCCACGGCAGAGGAGGGCAGGCCAAGGAAGGAGCUGAUCGUCGCCACUGUCAGCAAGAGGAGGAACACGUCUGUGGAUGAGAAUUACGAGUGGGACUCGGAGUUUGCGCUGGAGUCAGACAUCCUGGAUGCUCUGCAGCUGUACCGCAGCGGGGAUCCCAAGAGACCUGUCUCCACCAUCGCCGUGCAGGAGCUGGAGCGGCAGAGUGCCAAAGCUCCCGGUGACGGCAGUGGCUCCCCGGGGAACUCCAAGUCAGUGGAUGCCCUGGAGGCGUCGGGCUCACCGCAGCCCCUUGCCAGCCCAGAGGCUCGCUGCGUGGCCCUGAGGGAGGAGUUCCUGGCAUACCGGCGCCGCAGGGAGGUUGCCCAGCGACGCAGGCAGAGGAUGAGCAGCCACGGCUACGAUGAGCGCUUUGAGCAGGCCACGCUUCUGUGAGAGGACACACCCCCACUCUCCAGCACAGCCUGGUGUGGUUGGGCUGGCAAAGAGUCUGCCGGGUGCCAGGGCAUCCCUGCAGCGCCCCGGCUGGGCAGAAGCCACACCCCACCAUGGGCUCAUCAGCGCACCGGGGACAGGACUCAGGAGGCCCCUGCAGUGGCUGGUCUGCCAGGCUGUCCUAGGGCCUGUGAUGGGGGGAGCCUAUGCCUGGCACUCAGCCUGCCAGGUGCGGUUAGGCCUGGUCAGCCCUUCAUACAGCACCUGGUUGGCCAGCUGUGGGGACCGAGCUGAGCCCAGGCUCCGUGCCCACAGACAGCACUUGCCACAGGCUGCUUGUCCUUUCCUGCUGGCCCCAGGCGCUCCCAUGGGCCAGGCCAGGGAGCACAGGGAGUGGGCCAAGGGAUCCUUGCAGGGGAUGGGCGGAGGACAGAGGCAUUUGUAACGGAAUAAAAAAAGAAUUGCACAGAC